AACUCAAUACUGCUGUUUUAUAUAAUGAAAAUGAUAAUAAUUUUCGUGAUCUUAAUGAAGAAAAAUAUUCUCAACAUGGUGUAAUGAAACUAGGAUCUGAAGAAGCAUAUAUUUCAACAUUAUGUUCAAAAAUUAUUUCAAAUUAUAGAAAAUUUUUAAUAAAGCAUCGUUUAGAUGAAUUUAAUAAAGUAUGUGAUAUUGGUGGUGAUAUGGAAGAAGUAACAAUAGCACAUGCAAUUAAAUGGUCUACAGAAGCAUGGCAAAAA